GCGCUGGGAAAGACGCUCGCGGAGAUCGUCGAGGUGCCCGUGAAGACGUGGCUCCAGCUCGAGGUCGUGCUCCUCGUCUUCUGGCAGAUGGACAACGUCAUGGACCGGUCCAUGCGCUUCGUCUUCUGGGUGUUUAUUGGCUAUUCUUUGCUCUUCGUGACCUUUGCCGUCCACGCGAAGAUCCGGCAGAUUCUCCUCGAGCACACGGCGCCGCUGCUCACGCGCGCGGAAGCGCGCGGCGGCGGCGCGGGCCUGCUCAAGGCGACGAAGCUCCUGCCGCCGCGCCGGGCGCUGAGCCGGUCGAGCCCUUUGAAGAAGAAGCGCGAGUCCAUCCGCGCGGAGAGUCUGACGAUCAUGAAGUCGUCGACGCGCAACAAGCUCUUCGGCGACCGCGUGCUCGAGGAGGAGUCCGACGAGGAGAAGGGGGGCGAGGGCGGCGCGCCGCCGGCGCCGGACGCGCACGUCGUCGACGUGGAGGUGCGCCGCGGGGGCUACCAGAGCGUCGCGCGCGGCGUCGAGGAUUAUCGGCCCCGACACAAGCCCGAGUGGCUCGAGCGGCUGCUGCUCUUCUACGACGACCGCGUCAAGCCCUUGGUCGACGCGAUCCUGGGCUUCGCCAAGGGCGGCGAGAACAUCGCCGUGCGCCACCGGAAGCGUCGACCCGCGCUACCAGUGCAAGUUCUGGUACGGCGAGACGCACAAGGCCCACUUCACGCUCGACAUCCUGCGCACGAUCCCGCUGGGCAUGGCCAUCUACAUCGCCGUGCUCCUCUUGGUCUACCUGCCCCAGCUCUUCGAGGACCAGGUCUUCAAGCCCUUCCCGUUCCUGUUCCGUUUGGCGUGGGUCUUCGUGGCCCUGGGCCCGCCCAUGGUCUGCCAGUACAAGCUCCCCCGCAUCGUCCAGGACUUUGCGGUCGUGGCCAACGUGGAAUCGCUCCAGAACCUGCGGAACGUCGAGCAGGUCAUCCGCCGCCAGAAGACGGAGGCGGCGUUCGAAGCGUUGAAGGUGGUCUCCUUCCUGCGGAAGCCCGACGUCGUCGCGCGGGUCCUGGAGGGCGACGGCGCGGCGACGAUGACGCGCCACGAGCACGCCAUGGCCCAGAGCCGGACCAACGAGGACGAGCACGCGCGCCGCGAGCGCAUCGAGAUCGCGCGCGCCGAGGACGACCGCCAGGAGCGGUCGUGGCGCGCGAUCUUCAACGUCUUCGACAACGACCACGAGGGGUCCAUCGACCACGACGAGAUGAAGGCGCUCCUGUCGAAGUUCUCCGACGACUCCUCGCCGGCCGGGUCGGAGCAGAUCGACAAGAUCAUCAAGCUCCUGGACGACGACGGCUCGGGCGAGAUCUCGUUCGACGAGUUCUUCGUCUUCGGGCGCGCGCUCGAGCGCCACGUGGCCACGAGCGUGGACCCGGCGGAGCUCAUCCAGGACAUGUUCGACAUCAUCGACGAGGACCGCGGCGGGUUGAUCACGGUCCAGGAGCUCCACCAGACGAUCUCGGAGAUCGGCCAGGAGCUGUCCGUCGACGACGUCUACAACCUCAUCAAGGACAUCGACGACGACGGCAACGGCGCGUUGGACAUCCACGAGUUCCACCUCCUGCUCAACCGCGUCGGCUGCCAGUUCGCGCCGCCCGCGGAGGCGCACCACGGCGGCCACGGCCACGGCGACCACGGCCACGGCGACCACGGCCACGGCGACCACGGCCACGGCGACCACGGCCACGGCGACCACGGCGGCGGCCACGGCGGCGGCGGCCACGACCACGGCCACCACUAGCUCGGCCCGGGGCGGGGCGCGCGCACCGCGGGGCCGCCGCCCGGCGGAACUACGCCGCCGGGCGCGCGCGGCGCGACGACGACGACGCGCGGCCCGCGCCCUCCCCUAACGACCUCUCUUUG